AUGGGAUACGUUAUGGGCAAGAUGGAAGGCGAAAAGGAAGAUUUCCACGGGCAUGUCAGUGCGAUAACCGUCGCCCCAUCAUACAGGAGGCUUUCUCUGGCCAGGGAGCUCAUGAAAUUGAUAGAAUCAGCUUCAGAGCAACAGUCGUGCUAUUUUGUCGACUUAUUUGUCAGAGUAUCAAAUUCACUAGCGAUCUCGAUGUAUGAACAUUUCGGUUAUUCGGUAUAUCAACGUGUAGUGAACUAUUAUUCCGGCGGUGGUGUUGGUGACCAUUUGGACGAAGAAGACGCAUUUGAUAUGAGGAAGGCCCUGUCGCUCGACAAAGACAGAAAAAGUGUCAGGGAAAAUGGCAAAGAAGUCUUGGUUGAUUCUCCAUCCUUUUGA